GCUUGACUGGCACCAGCGGCGCGUUCCCGUCAGCAGAGAGGGCGCGCCCGUAGACGUUGCUGCUCAGGCUUCAAGAUGGCGGAAGCCCUGACAACUCAAGAGGAGGUGGCGGUGGAGGAGUUUCUGGCUGAGCUGAGAUGUCGGGAACAGUCUCAGAAUGCAGAUCUUGUCAGUCAGAUGACAGCGGUUAAAUUCCUCAUGGCAAGAAAGUUUGAUGUUUCCAGAGCCAUUGACCUCUUCCAAGCUUACAAGAACACCAGAAUAAAGGAAGGCAUCUACAAUAUCAACCCAAACGAGGAGCCUUUAAGGAGCGAGUUACUCAGUGGGAAAUUCACAGUUCUGCCCGGCCGUGACGCGAAAGGUGCAGCUUUGGCACUUUUUACAGCACGUCUCCAUCGGCCAGACCUCACUACCCAUAAGGCUGUUCUUCAAGCCAUUAUAUAUCAGCUGGACAAGGCCAUUGAGAGUGUUCAGACACAGAGAGAUGGGCUCAUUUUCAUCUAUGAUAUGACUAACUCUACAUAUGCCAACUUUGACUAUGAGCUUUGCGUCAAGAUUUUGAAUCUGCUUAAAGGGGCUUUCCCUGCUCGUCUGAAAUGCGUCUUCAUUGUGUCGUCUCCGCUGUGGUUCCGAGCACCGUUUGCGGUACUCCGUCUGUUUGUGAGAGAGAAACUGAGAGAGAGGGUGUGCACUGUAAGAGCCCACGAACUGGUUAAUCACAUCCCGGUCAGCUCCCUUCCAGAACAUUUGGGUGGCUCGUCACAGUAUAGUCACAUUGCCUGGAUCCAGUCCUGUGUCAACUCCAGCCCCAAUAACCCCAAUAACUCUUCCUACGUCACUGCGGACUGCUUGGGCAGCCUGCUCCGCUCCUACUCCAUGGAGCAUGGGCAGAACACCUCAGCUGACCCCUUAACUGCCAAUACUUCUGGGGCCACCCUCCUGGGGGACGGACUGAACUCGAACUGCACCUUACUAGAUGACGGCAAUGCCAACCUGCAGAACCACAGGGCAGCAGGGCACACGCAUUGGAAUGGCUCUGUGCUGCCAGGUUCCGGGGGCAUUUCGGGGUCCAACGCCAAUGCCGUCAAUGGCCGUGGCCGUCAGCCGCCCCCACAGUCAGACACGCCACCAGACACGCCCCUACAUCACAAACACACAGCCGGUGCUAUAUUACCAAGGGGGGGAGGGACUAUGGGUGUGGAAGGAGCAUGUUUAGACGACAGUAGGCAGUGUGGCAAUGGUGCUGAGGACAGCCAACAGGAAAUGGAGUUUCUGGAAGAGGAAGUGGAUGGAGAUGGCAUUCCACCCCUCCCACUGAAAUCAAGGCCGCCACCCCUCCAUCACAGCCCCAAUCCAGAUAUGAGCUGGUUUCCAGGAACGACGACGGAAGCGGCUGCGUUGUCGGUGCACUUGGCUGAGCCAGGCGGAAUGAGCCUGCAGGAUCUGGUGCAGCACGUGAAACGCAAAAAGAAGAAGGGCAUUUAUCAGGAGUACGAGGAGAUCCGCAAGGAACCUCCUGCUGGAACCUUUGACUACUCUAAGAAAACCUCUAACCAGAUAAAGAAUCGCUACAGUGACGUCCUUUGCCUUGACCAAUCACGCGUUCGACUCUGUCCGCUCAAUGAUGAGGACGACGAGACGUCUGACUACAUCAACGCUAGUUUCAUGGAUGGUUACAAGAGGAGUAAUGCUUACAUCGCUACUCAGGGGCCUUUGCCAAAAACAUUUGGAGACUUUUGGCGAAUGGUGUGGGAGCAAAUGGUUUUAAUCAUUGUUAUGACUACAAGAGUUGUGGAGCGAGGCCGAGUGAAAUGCGGACAGUACUGGCCAUUAGAGGCUGGCCGCACUGAGGAUUAUGGGUACUUUUUGGUGAGAAAUGUCCAUAUUGAGAUGUUUCAGGACUUUAAGCUAUCACACUUGGAGCUCUUCAACACUCAGACAGGGGAAUGUAGGGAAGUGUCUCAGUAUCUCUACAUGAGCUGGCCAGAUUUUGGUGUUCCGAAGUCGGCGUCAGCCAUGUUGGAUUUCCAGGCACACGUGAAACGGAGACAAGAGUCCUCAUUACGAACACUGUAUCCUGAUUGGACGGGCCCCCCAGGAGGCCCCCCAGUGGUGGUGCACUGCAGUGCAGGCAUCGGCAGAACAGGCACGUUUUGUACUUUAGACAUUUGUCUCUCCCGUCUGGAGGACAUCGGGACAGUGGACAUUAAGCAGACGGUGCGUCGCAUGCGGACGCAGCGUGCCUUCAGCAUCCAAACCUGGGACCAGUACUACUUCUGCUACAAAGCAGUGAUCGAGUACGCCCAACAGAGCGGCCUGCUGCAGCCCGUGGAGUGGUCCGACACAGAGCUGGAGACCGACAGCGAGUGAAUCGGGGGAAAAACAGAACUCGCACGAGAGGGCGCAAGAGGCACAGAAGGAAAAGAAGUGGUCUUUUCCCCUCUCUGGGCUACAGGUAGAGACUCCACUGCCACCUCUUUUCUUCCGAGGAAGAUGCGGAGAUAAAGAAACGAGGAGCGGAGGAUGCUUUUAUCCUGCCACUUUUCAAGCCCUUCUUUUUACUCUGAUCUGGACGAGAUCAGAGACUGUGGCUUGGUGUACGAGUUGUAGCAUUUUUUUAUACAUCUAAAUCUAAAUACUGACUUGCACAUGUGGAAUGACAAACUUGAAAAAUCCAGUUUAUCGUAUUACCUGCUCAAAGUGUUGUCGAAAUUCAAUAUCACUCAACUUGGGGUUAAAUUGACACUUUUUAUCAAAGUGUAAGAACAUAAAACUUGAAUAUUUUUUUUUUUUUCUCUCUUCUCCGUCACAUUUAAAUAGCAAUUUAUUUGUGUCUGAACAGGUUCCAACAGUUUUCUUUCCUUUUUUAUUAUUUGUGUACUUCACCGUUAAACUAAUCUUCAAGCCAAAGGUAUGGUGUCGAAUGCUUGGAUGUAUCCGUAAUGAUCGUUGUGACUUAAACCCUUGUAUAUCUUGUAAUAUACAUUUAUAUAUUGUGCAUAACAACCUUUGAAAAGCCUUGUUUUAAUAUAAUACUCUUAACUUUCUUCAGAAUUAUGUGUAUCUAUAUACACAUCUCUCUCUCUCUCUCU